CGCGUUUAGUGGAGAAGCAAUUAACCAUGUGUUUACAGCCAGAAUUAUCCUUGGUACGUAAUACAAAAUGAGAACGAAUCCUUGACGUUUUGAAAUAUGAAGAUUAUGAAGAAGGUCACCGUUCCAAAUACUGGCAUUUUCCCAUCUCGAGAGAAACGUAAAAAACUGGCAAAUCAACUCAUUUUACCGAAGGUAAGCGGUGAUUGGAGAUUAUCCCACUGAGAAAGUCUCUAAAACCUCCGAGUGGGAAGGAGUACCCAUGGUCCAUGUUAACCUGGUGGGGGACGGGACACGAUAGGACCUAGCUCAGUGAAAAAAUUCUCAUGCAGUGUAGUUGCAUUCGCCCAGGAAAUAACAUAUCCAGUGAGAAUCUCUCGAUUCAUAAUUAAAAAAGAAAAACAUCUUCUGGAAUAAUAUUUGAUUAAUAGAAAAAAUGAAAUUGCUUGUGAAUGAAGUUAUCUUCUUCAUUGGUAUCGUGAAUACAGUGCAAAGUGCUGGCCUCGGUGUUCUAUACGAGUGGAAAUAUUUGGACUGGGUAUGGCCAAAUACAGCGCUGACCGGUAAAAGUUAUAUCCCGGAAAAUCCUUUCACCCAGGAUGUCGAUGUGGACGUCAGCGGUCGUGUUUUUGUAACUAGUCCCCAAUGGCUAGAGGGUACACCAAUAACCCUGUCGUUGGUAACCAAUCUUCAGGGCCCUGGGGGUCCUCUGCUCACUCCCUAUCCUCACUGGUCCUGGCAUACACCCAACGACUGCGACAAACUCAUUUCUGUUUACAGGCUCGCGAUCGACGAAUGCAACAGAUUGUGGUUCGUCGAUGUCGGCCGGGUCCAGGAUAAACCGAUAUGCCCGACCAAGAUCAUGAUCUUCGAUCUCUUCACGGAUCGUCUCAUUCACAAAUACAUUGUCCCAGCUGAUCAGACAUUCGAUGGAAAAGCAUCGCUGGUUACGCCGAUCGUUGAACUCGGUGAUACAUGCGAUGACGCUUACCUUUACAUCGCUGAUGUUGGUGAAAAUGGUCUCGUGAUUUACAACCUCCAGGAGGAUCGCUCCUGGCGGGUGAAUAAUACACGUGGCAACGCAUUUGGUCCCGAUCCCGAUGGUAUGAAUAUAACAAUCGCUGGAGAAUCAUUUGACCUCACUGAUGGCACCCUAGGCAUGUCCCUAUCGCCUCCUGGAUUUUUCCAUCAAAGAUAUCUCUACUUUAAUUCACUGGCGAGUUAUCAUCAAAAGUUCGCUAGUGUUGAUACAUUGAAGAUGAGCGAGUUUCAAGAGCCAUUGAUCUUCGAGUCUAUCGUGAAACGACAGAGCCAAGCUGGGGUUCAGGCGACAUCACGAAAAGGUGUUCUAUUUUUUCAACUAGCUCAACUCACGGCAAUAGCUUGUUGGAGUAUGGAACGGCCAUUCACUCAAGAUAAUAUUGAGAUUCUUGCGUUCGAUGAAGAUGCCCUGCAGUAUGUCAGUGGUAUCAAAGUGAUAAAUAAUUACCAGGGGGAGGAGGAACUUUGGUUCAAUACGAAUAGACUUCAGAAGACAAUAAAAAUGACGCGAACACCUACUGAAGUGAAUUUCAGGAUUAUCAUGGGAUCUGUGGACGAUAUUAUCAAUGGAACGAAGUGUGAACCUAGGGGUCACGGCCCUUAUCCGGAUGUCUCGACAUGGCGACGGAUAUAAGAACAAUCCUUGUUAUUUUUUCCUGAUGUUAGAAAAUGUUCGCAAUUUUCGGUCUACCUAAUUAGGAUAUUAUAUUUAUGAUUCCCUUUUAAUCAUUCGUACAAAUACAUAGAUAUAUGUCGGGAUAUUUCAAACGAGUAGAGCUCACAUGCAACGCGUUAUGGCAGGAAAUGGUUCAAUAUGGCAUACACUGGAAACGGAAAUUAACUCUGGUGAAAAGGUGAAUGUUCACCUGUACAAAAUUUUCUUCCCUCAAAAGGAUUAUUUUCCACGAGUUUUCAUCAGCUAAUCAGGUACAUGAAUACAUAUUCAUUCGAGUACAUAGUCACGAGUAAAAUAUCAUAAUUAAUAAUAAUCAAAAAAUUUUCCCCGAACCAGCUGUUUGAGCUGAUUUGUUUUCCUUCAAAACCGGGCAAACAAUGAAUUAUUUAUUUACACCAAAUUAUAAAUUGGCUCCACGUACCCUAUAUUAUUAUAUCCAAUUACCUCGAUAUUUUUGAGUAGAAUAAUAUUUUCAGCAGAGUUAAUUUUUCCUCUCAGUGCAGUGGACUUGUGAAAGAACAGGAAUUGCUGACAGUGAGCACAUACCUGCAUGUUAAUCGUAUCAAGAAAAUAACUAGUUAUCAGUGGGUGGAGGAGCUGUCGAUCGCUAUGAAUAGACACCUACUGAAGUGAAAUUCAACAUUCUCAGGGAAUCGAUGGACAAUAUUACAAAUUAAAUAACUAGACACGAAGUCAGGGGUCAGGGUCAUUUAUCCGGAUGUCUCCGUACAGCGACGAAUAUAAGGAGAUUUUUUAAUUAUU